AUGGAAUUGGACAUAGACGGUAUAGAGCACGCACACGAGCGUUUCCAUCCCCAAACAGGCGAUCGUCUUGCCAUCCGCGGCCGCCGUGUUCGCCGGCGUGGCCGGAGGCACUUGAGGGUGAAAGGCUUCAGGGUUCUACGACGCGCCAGGGGACGAAGAGCCAGCUUUCUGCAAACAGUGGAAAGCGAGGGCGUGGAGACUCGCACAGCAGCCGUUCUCAUGGUGCGCUUCCUGUAUGCGAACGGCAGCUUGGUCCCUUCCAGCAUGGACACCGUACAAGAGCGCAAGGACUUUUCCAUCGGGGUGAACAACUCCUUGUUCGGUAUCUUCGACCGUACCGAUGAGCAGACUCAUGCAGGAGCAUGGCACGACUGUUCAUACGGUAAGCUCCAGAUGCAGUUUGACGUGGACCAGGGGGAGAACGAUCUGGCGCAGGAUGUCCCGGGUGAGAAGUCUGACGUCUUCUACAUUGAUGUGCCUCUAGUUUGUGAUUCAAGCAUUCCUUACUGCCCAGGUACCUACGACUCCGUCAACAAUUGUGGAAGUGCCGAAUUCUAUGGCUGGCCCAGGUACGCAUUCAAGAAGUUUGCGGACACCAAGCCAGGACUUUCGAAGUCCACAUGGCAGCAUUGGGUUGUCAUCUUCCCCAGGGACGUUGUGAAAUGCAGCUUCGUGGGUAUGGGCAACGUGGGAUGCUCACGCACCAAUUGCUACUCUUGGAUUCCUCAUGACUAUUCAACGAAACUCCAAGACUACACACACGAGCUUGGACACAAUCUUGGACUGGCUCACGCUGGCAUCAAUGGAGGCUCGGAGUAUGGGGAUCACAGCUGUGCUAUGGGCUUCUGCUGCACCGUGCGUUGCUACAACGCCCCACAUGCUUACGAGCUGGGGUGGCUAACGCCGUCGCUCGAACUCGACGGUGACAACUUCCCCAGCCAGCUUUCGAGUGUGCCUUUGCGUUCCAUGUCGCUUCACAGUGACGGAGCAAUUGCCAUCACCGCAGACUGGGUGUCGCCCGUCAACGUGUACUGGGUACAGCUCAAGACCGCGCACUCCUACGAUGCCUACAUGAAGUCAAGUUGGCGCAACAACGUACAGAUCAAGAAGUGGAACAAGGGUGGUUACGAGGUCAGCCAGCACUUGAAAACCUUGACUGCUGGCCAAAGCUGGACCUCAGACGAUGGAGAGGUCAUGGUGACUGUGGAGAGCAUUGAUACCAGCAGCACCAUGACCGCUCUACUCACACUAAGCCGGCCAACGGCCACAACUGCCACCACCACGACGACCACAACGACCACCACAACCACGACGACAACCACCACAACGACCACAACGACCACAACAACUACGGCGACCACCUUUACAACUACUCCCACGACUAGCACCCCUCCGGCCACCACCACUGCCACAACAAUGGCAACCAGCACCAUUAUGACCACAAGCACAACCACCACAACGUCUUCCACCGGUACCUUUGCAGGCCCUGCGCUUCUUGAGGUCGGAAGCAUCACCAUCGCAGGAGACAGCGCUGGUUGGCAAAGCUUUUCAUUCCGGAACUCUUUCGCAGAGACUCCUGUGGUGGUGGUAUUGCCAGGCAUGGGUGCUGCAGGAGAAACGGUUCCUGCAAGCGUGAAAAUCCGAGAUGUCUCUUCAGCGGGAUUCCAGGCGUUGGUUGUGGUGCCGCCCGGCCCAACGACCGACCGCUCCUCCAUGACUGUGGCUUUCAUGGCGGUGCUUGCAGGGAGCCACACGCUGCCGGAUGGAAGUCACCUUGAGGCAGGGAAGGUCUCAACUUCGGCCAGGCAAGUGGGAACUUCCUGCCAGCUUGCUGGGGCAAGCCAAGCAUGGGAUGUAGUGAAUUUCGCGACCAUGUUUACAGCUCCACCGGCUGUUGUGACCAUGCUGCAGACAGCCAACAACGAGUACGGAGCAGUUCCAAGCUUUUUCUCGCAGCCCUGGCUGACAGUCGCAUGUCAGGACGUGUCCUCAACUUCAGUCUCCAUUGCUUUGGAGUCAGCUGAGACCUCGCAAGUCGGUAGCUUGACAGCUGCUGAGGAGGUUGGCUACGUGGCUAUGUCGGUGGGGCAAGGCAGUGUCAUGGCCGGACUCCAAGAUGUCCAGUACUCCGCGACAUUGACUGGGGCCGUGGUCAAGGGCUUCGAUGACGGGGAGACGACUGUUGCACUGCCGAUGGCUUUUGCCAGCUCACCACUGGUUGUGGGAAGCCAAGUGACACGAAACGGCAACAACGGGGGUUGGCUCAGGCUUUCAGCAACCUCUGCUUCCUCUGUGAAUCUAUUCAUUGACGAGGACAUGUACUGUGACACGGAGCGAAUACACAUCGGUGAAGCAGCAAGCCUUAUCGCUUGGUCGGGCCCGCUCGUGCUUGAAGUGCUUCCGACGACUACAACAACGACUACAACAACGACUACAACGACGACAACGACUACGACGACUACUACGACGACAACGACCACAACCACUACAACGACUACAACGACUACUACGACGACAACGACUACAACAACUACGACAACUACAACGACUACAACAACUACAACGACUACGACGACUACGACUACUACUACGACGACAACAACGACAACGACUACAACAACUACAACAACCACUUCGACUACGACGACCUCGACGACUACAACAACGUCAACAACGACUUCGACGUUGAAUGGCAUGGCCACCCUGGAAGUUGGUGAGGUGACAGUACAGACCGGAGCGUGGGUGAGCCAUUCUUUCAGCAUGCCUUUUGCUGAAGUGCCAGUGGUGGUCCUUGCCCCGUCGGCACAAGUGGAUGAGCCUGCAGCAAUCCGCAUAAAGGACGUGACCAAGACUGGCUUCCAAGCCGUGGUUGCGAAGCCCACCGGCAGUAGCGUUGCCGGUGCAUCCAUGACGGUCUCCUUCGUUGCGGUGGUCCCGGGAGUUCGUCAGCUCCCAGGCAGCGGCUUGUGGCUCGAAGCUGGUCGAGUCUCCACUGCCAAGCUUGCGGCUUCAACGAAGUGUAGACCCUCGGGCGGACUGUCGACUUCAUGGCAAAAAGUGGAUUUCCAGAACCAGUUCGCGGAGCAACCGGCCUUUCUGACGACUAUCCAGACGGUGAACAAUGAAGUAGGCCUGCCGUCAGCGAAUUCAGAGCCAUGGUUUACAGUGGGUGUCAAUUCUGUGAACCCCGCUGAUGCGUGGGUGUCGCUGGAGAUGGCUGAGACUUCCCAGCAUGGAGGCUCUGCUGUGAAUCAGGACGAGGAGGUUGGAUGGCUGGCUAUCCAGCAGGGUGUCCACACAUUCCAGGCAUCAGGUCAGGCCGUCCAGUGCGCUGCUGUGAAAUCCUCCCGAAGCGUGAGGGGCUGGGAUAACGGUCCAGCCACCGUGUCCUUCGGUGCUGAUAUGGGUGGGAGUCCCCUUGUAGUUGCGAGUCAGUCGAAGCGGUUUGGAGGUGAUGGAGGAUGGGUCCGUGUCAUGGGCACCUCGUCUACAUCGGUUGAGGUGGUGAUCGAUGAGGAUCAAAAUUGCGACAACGAGAGGAGGCACACCAACGAGGAAGUCAGCAUAUUGGCCUUCUCUAGUGGCUGCAUCCUUCAGUGA